AUGGGUUGCUGGGACUCAUUCUGUUGCUUCUGCUCUGGUCCAUUGGAUAACGCACGGCGUGACUGGCUUCGGUUUCUAACUGACGGUGUCGCUGGUGAUAAAUGGCCACCAGGAGACGGAGAGUGGUUCAAUGAUCCUGGAUACCCAGUUCCAUCACAACCGCUGGAUCAGAUUGUGACCCUAUCGGAUCGUGAUGGCGAGUCUUGGGAUCUAGGCGUCAGUGUGACGCCAAACUCGCCCGAAACCUUUGUUACUGCACUCUGCACAGUCGGGUCGUAUGGCGAUGUUACCAUUAAAGGUGUCAAAGAUAAGCUACAUUUGGGCUCUGACUUAUUUCUUUUGAUUCAUCCCACGUGUCUCUCCUUUCUCUGUCGCCAUACCGGCAUCAGUCCCCGGGAGCUCUGGGAGUCGGUCUACAAAGAGAACUCGUGCUAUCGGAUGUACGGUGGCGAACUGAAUGGGCUUCUAUAUUGCGUCAACUACUAUGACAUGCAAGAGAGAAGCGGGCAGACUUUUGAAUAUGCUAUAACGCGCCAAUGGCCACCGUUGGACCGACCUGACCUUCCACAAACCAGAUGGUACGAUCCAGAGAGCAUGGAGGAUACAAAAUGGUUAUUGUCAAGGCCGACUCGUCUCCCAACACCACAGGCCUUGCAAUCAAGCGCAGUGAAAGCCUCAUCACUAAAAUGCCGAAAGGUCUUCGACACUACGGAGUUGUUCGACAUUAUUCUCAAUUACAUUGUCGAAAUCCCCUCAGAUGUCAUCAAAGAAGAACUGCAACAAAAUAAGAGAGUCCAGGGGCAAGGGGCUAACGGGAAAGGCUCCCUGCAACAAGUUUUCGAAGCUCCAUCCGCCAUCAUUGCCGCGCAAAGUCUUCUCUCAUUGGCGCAAGUUGACCGUUGGUUUCACGAUGAAAUCAUUCACAAGCGGCAAAGUUUCUUUUUACGUGCCAUUCGCAACUUUGGCUGGAUGUUGCCAUUCACACCAGCAGACUGGAGCGACAACGGCUGGGUCUCAAAUGUUCUUACCGACACGUCAUCAUCAAGGCAAGCCGAUAUUGACUGGCGGCAUUAUAUGCUGACCUGUGUGAAAAAAGACCUCCCGAAUGUCCGGAAUCGAUGGAGAUUCCACAGAAUGGCCAUUCAGUUUGCGCGUGGGACGAACAGAUACAGAAGCAAGGAGCAUCCCGAUUGGUUCUGGAAUGCGGGCAACCUUGGAUUCAUAACAAAGUUGGAUAAACCAGAACCUAAAACGUGGGAGAUUUAUACGGUGUAUGCUAAUCCCGAAUGA